AUGGAUGCAGAUACAGCUUUAGAGUUGGUGAAGAAAGGCGCCUCUCUUCUUUUCCUCGAUGUUCCUCAGUACACUCUUCUUGGCAUCGAUACUCAGAUGUUUUCUGUUGGACCUAAUUUCAAAGGUAUCAAGAUGAUUCCUCCAGGUCCUCACUUUAUAUACUACAGUUCUUCAAAUAGAGGUGGAAGUGAAUUUUCACCAAUGAUAGGUUUUUUUAUCGAUUUGAAUCCAUCUCAGGUAAUUGUUCGCCAGUGGGAUCAACAAGAGGAACGAUUAGUUAAAAUAUCAGAAGAAGAGGAAGAAAGAUACUCUCAAGGUGUAAAAAAUAUGGAGUUUGACAAAUACCUCGGGCCUUAUACACUAAAUCAAUUUGGGGAAUGGAAAAUGUUAUCAAACUACAUUACAAAAACUACUAUUCAAAGAAUUGAACCCAUUGGAGCAGAGAUCACAAUAAUUCAUGAACCCGAUAUUUUUGUAAACAAUCCAAAAACUGCAAUGGAGGAAGCUUUAUCUGAGCAAUUAAAGAACACUAAAAUUCAAAAAUCUGAUGAUAAAAUUGUAAAAAGAGGUUGUUAUUACACGAAAAUCCCACGUUUAAUUAAACAAAAGGGAAUCCUCGGGCAAGAUCUUACUUCCUUGAAUCUUGACAAGACAAGUCUUUUGGAAAGCAUUUUGAUUAAAGAAUAUGAAGGAAUGGAAGAUUUGCUUCUUGGAGAACUGCAAUUUGCUUUUGUUGCAUUUUUGAUGGGACAAUCACUUGAAGCAUUUCUUCAAUGGAAAAAUUUUGUUAACCUUUUAUUUGGUUGUACUGAAGCUCCUCUUCAUACACGGAGUAAUUUGUUUACUAAGUUUAUCAAGGUUGUCUAUUAUCAACUCAAGUAUGCAUUUCAAAAAGAAAAUAAUGCUGCUACAAAAGGGUCUAUCACAUUGUUAGAUGAUUCCUUUUUAUCUUCUGAUAGUUUUCUUCAACAUCUGUGUAAGGAGUUCUUUUUGCUUGUGCUUCAAGCUCCCUUUGUUGAUGGAGACCUUUUGUCUUGGACAAGAAAACUUAAAGAGUUACUAGAGUCAUCUCUUGGAUGGGUAUUUGAGCAUGACACGAGAGACGGCAUCUUUUAUGAAGAUGAUGAUGAGUUUGCUCCGGUGGUGGUGAUGUUGGAGGAGUGAAGAUAUGAUGGAUUUUUGGCGACUUAUUAGGCAUUUGGAAACAACAUCAAGAUUUUUUUUUUGGGUUAUAAUAAUAAAAUUUUGUGCAAUAUCUAUUUAUAGUUAGGGAUUUCGGAUGAAUUUUGUGUAUAAAAGUUAAUGUCAUAGGGAAAUCUUUGAUUGUGGGUUGUGAAUUAUGUGGAAUGUGGCUAAUUUCAUGGAGUAGAUAAAAUGUUAAAAAAGGCUAGU